AUGAACAAAUCAACGAUGAUUAAAAGGCUGAUUUCUGCGCCACCCGCUAUCAGAAGCACAGUUCUUCAACAACGAUUAUUCUUCCCUCAGUCUCGCCAAUAUGCCGUUCAAAGCGUCACUCAGGCUUCGUUCUGGGCGAAUCUGAUUCCUAAACCAUUUCGAAAAAGCGAACGAGCCGUAAACAAAAAGCCGAAAUCCAAAGAUUGGAAUCCUGCGACUUUUUUCAUAUGGAUCUUCCUUCUGAUUGGAUCCAUGUCAAUUCAGAUGAUAGCCUUAAGAAAUGAAUACACAACUUUCAGUCGCCGCGCUGAUGCCAAAAUUGGAGUAUUAAAAGAAAUUAUUCAGAGAAUAAGAAAUGGAGAAAAGCCUGACGUUGAAGCACUUCUCGGAGUUGGAGAUCGAGAGCAAGAACGGGAAUGGGAAGAAGUCUUACAGGAGAUCGAACGAGAAGACGCAGCGUUACAACAAUCUACCGCAGAGAAAUCUAAAGCAGAGAAUGUUGACGUUCCAGAGACCAAAAAGAAGGCUCCCGAAAACGCGAAGAACAAGAGCAAUGUGCCCUCGGGAUUCUAUUGAGAAAAUUUAUGUACAAAAAAUGGUCUACUAUACAAGAUUACAAGAUUGAUGGAUGUAUUUCUACGAUA